AUGGCGCCCCUUACACAGGCAGAGAUCAAAUCGAAACUCCUUAAAUCUACCGUAAGAGCUGCCACAAUAUACAAAUACACACACCUUCUUGGGUUUCGUAAAUUAUCGAACUCAGAUUCACAUCACGGUGUACAAAGCUUUGCCGGAAAACCAGGGGAAUUCUACAACGCGUCCAAAAACGUGGCAGAAGUGAUAUCAAGACGAUACAAAUCAUUUACAGACCUUCUUGAGAAGAUCAAAAUCCAGAAUAAUUUUAGGGAACAAGAAGUCGAAGACCUCAUCGCCAAGUACGGUCCAGACAUCUGGAAUGACGGGGAUUUAGGCUUUGUGACCGAAACUGACAAUCAAGGCGAAAAGUAUCAAAGCUACCCACGUCACCUCAUCUACAGCAACGAGAGCGAUCGCGUAAAAAUACAGACUUACACCUACUGUCUGGUACUGCAAUGUGCAUUUUCCAAGAUGAGAAGCCGUUCUGCCCAAGAUAUCUCUAUGCAGGCGGAGUUGCCACACGCAGCUUCUCCCAGCCCCGAACUUGGACAGCCAAACGCAGCGCCACCAGGCCCAAAUAACACAUUCAUCACAUCUUCAGUUUCGAGAGGCGGUAAACGUUCACGAGACGCAAAUCAUCACGACGUACCGGUAGCUCGGAUGAUUCCAGACACGUAUACAGGGGGGUCAUCUUCAUGUCUUGCUAGGCUACAGUCUACAGCUGUGGAGAGUGCUUUCACGAUGAGAAACAGUGUCGCGCAUGCGGAUCAGGACAACCAGGCGAGAGAGGCGGUAGGUUCAGACGAUCCACGCAUACCGACACCGCCUUUGGACCAAGUCUCAAGUCCGAACUCUGAUCAAGAAGAACAAACAGGCGGACGCACUUUCCGCAACAAACGCCCAAGAUUUGAGCAAGGGGGAACUGCUCUCACAAACUUUCGAUUAAAGCAGUUGCCUGAAUCUACAACACGAACCAUUGAGUUGAAGAGGAGAGACUAUUCAGACGGACAAUCUCACUGGGUGCGGUCGAGUAGAACUCCAGUAACCACCGCCAACGCUGGAGAGCAGGAGCACACUGAGACAGCUCCUGAACGUGCUACAAAUGAUAACUUGAGUGAAAUGACAGGUGCAUCCGCGUCUCAUGGCAGCAUAGGCACAACUCAGGAGUGUGACAACGACGUUAUCGCGGUAACAAACGCCCAAGAGAAACGAAGUCGCCUCACAUCCUCAGCCACACCAGCACCAGAAACCAGAUACGACGAGGCAAGCUCAGUGCAGAACUCGUCUAGGCCGUCGUCGGCAGCUGAAAACCGAGAGUCUGCAGAGCCGACAUCCCUAAUUGUCAAGCUGUCCUUAAAAGACCUACCUCAAGUCAUACAGCGCUCCGCCUACCGUAGGCGCCUCGCCUCCCAACUCGCUCACGCCCUCAACCUGCAAAACCAACAUACUCAGGUUCUCGAAGAUACGGUUACCCUAAUCGCCGAUAUUAGAUCCCUGGACACAACCCUAUACAGAAGCCCCUUUGGCAACCGCAACUCACCCUACCAACUUCUCCUCGACCAAUGGCUCAGCCUCGUAGCCAUCUACCUCACCUUCCGGCGCGCCACAGACUUCCACGACACACAAGAAGCAUGGAACGCACAUAUCUCAUCUCUGCCCCCGGCCGAGCGCUGGAAAAGAGAAGAGCCAUACCAUGAUGCCGGCGUAUCCUUCAAAGAAUGGCGCUCCCAGAAUCUGUCCUCCGUUGUACCAACCUGGUCCCGAGAUAUUACGUGCGCGUUACUCGAGACAGCCGAGUGGCGGCGCCCAUUGAAGACGGAUGAUAUCCAGGAGAUGAACCGACGGGUGCGGGAAUUUAACUCUGGGCUGAUGGCAUGGUUGGACUGA